AUGGCUGUGCCCAACGAGAGCUCGGAAGAUGUCAAUGACUUCCUACAGCGCAUUCGGGAACUCGGCGAGCGUCGCGACAAAGAAGACGAUGAGCGCACCAAGAAACUGGAAGAAGAGAUCCUGCAGGGUCGGAAGGAGAGACAAGCCCGCAGAGCCGCGCGUCUUCCAUUAGCCCCGGGUCUAUUAACCCCCCCAGAACACCUUGAGCCAACACCGCAUACCGAAUCAGACACUCCGAGCGGCGUGGAUUUGAGGCAAAACACAGAGUCCGUCGCGGAGACAAGGCGCGGGUCAAUCCAGGAACCCGGAAUGGACGCUCAACCACGGGAACUGCCCACGCUGUCCCGGAGCCGUGCGGGGACUCUGUCCUGGCAGCAGCGUCCACCCUCGCGGGAAUUCGGUUCCAUGUCCCCCGGUUCAGCUUCCCCCACCCGUUCCCCGACUCGCGCAAGCCACUUAAGGCACCACUCCACGGCCUCCGAUGACAGACCUCGCUCCCAAUAUGGAUUCCCACGCCUGUCAAAGGAUUUCUCGAGCUUUUCUCGCUCCCCAGAGCGGGGGCUUGCUUCGACGCAUCGGGAAAAUGAAGAUCGGUCGGAGAAUCAGGCAGAAGCGGAGGCACCGCAAGCACCGGAGGUGACCGAAGAGUCGAGUGCGAAACUAGAUAAACUAGAGGCAGUAGAAGAGAGGCCAUCCUCGCCCCCAAGGACCGGUUCUCGGGAUAGCAAUUUCGGCCAUCGCUUCUCUGUAUCAUCUGUUUCAGCGGGAUUGGGCUCGCCGGUGCAUUUGUCGGAGGCGCAAAAAUUGGAGCCUCGUCAAGCGGAGUCGUCGGUUGAUGAACCUGCGUCUUCUCCCAGCCAACGGCGUUUGUCGCCGGAACGCAGUCGUUCGACUUCGCCAACGAAGGGAAUGGGAGGCUUUGUGCAAAGUGCCAUGAUGAGAAGAUCAGAUAGCGUGUCAAAAAGAUGGAGUGCGCAAAUUCCGCAGGGGUUGACACGGUCGAACUCCAUUAUUUCGAACCGCAGCAGUGUGGCAGGUCCAAGUCAGAGUGAAAUGGGCCCUCCUCCUCUUUCCCGACCCCGGGGUGACUCCUCAACUCUCCCACCUCGACCUGAUUCCAGCCACAGCGACGCACGCACAGAAACUACUGAACGACCAACCACUCCUUCUGGGCCCACCAUCAGUGAUAGAGAUAGCCUUCGAGGGGGUGGAAGUCCAAGCAGAUCAUUCCGACCAAGCCACUCGCGAUCUGCGAGCUCGGCCACGGGGGAUGGUAACGACUCCCAGUCAAGUCCUUUCGUCUCCAAAACUAUGGAUCCCCGCCGCUGGAGUCCAAGCAAAGCUACCUGGCUGGAAAGUGCCCUCAAUCGCCCAGAAUUACCACGUCAACCCACCAUGCCCGCAGCACAGCAGCCCAACUGGGCUCGAGACCGUCAAUCACGCGGGAGCGUCGAUAUGGGUCGCGCCAACAAUUUCAAAGAGGUUACUCCUGUUGGUCUCAUGCGCACUCCCCCACCAGGACUUCUAAAAAAAUCUGGCGUUUCUGGCCCAUCCCUUCCCACGAGCCCAGAUAAGGAGAACCCACCUGAGUCUCCCUUGGGAUUCCCUCUGAAGAAGGUCAGUAUUUCUGGAGCUUCAACCUCUGGAAGUCCUGAUGCGAAAGCCAAAGAAACACUCCCUGGGUCUCCGUUGGCUUCUCCUCUGAAGAGACCUAGCAUUUCUGGUCCUUCUUUCCUUGGAAGCCCCGAGGCGAAGCCAACAGAGCCCGUACCUGAGUCUCCUGCCGAAUACCCCUUCAACAAAAAGUCAAGCAUAUCCGGCGCUUCGCUUUCUCGGGGGUCUAUUGCAGAUUCUCCAUCGGAAUUCCCCUUGAAGCGUCCAAGCAUCUCCGGGGCAUCAGUCUCAGGAAGCCCAACCACCCAUCCCAAAGAUACCACUCCUGCCUCUCCUUCAGGGAGCUCAUUCAAGCACUCUGUGUCAGGCGCCUCAGCUAUCGGAAGCCCUCAAGGCACGCCGAAAGAGGUUGCUCCGGAGUCUCCGUUGGCUCUUGGUGAUUCUAAUCAGGGGCCGACAGAGGAGCGGCCUGCGUCUCAGUCACAUAUCGAGGACACUUUGAAGGCCCUGUCUGGCGGAGAAGCGGUCGAGGAACCCAGUUUCACCUCCCAUGAUGAGACGGAAAUUCAAUCACCUCAAUCACAGGGACCGGAAACACCUGCAAAGCCUGAAGCCACAACUGAACCCGAGACUACACCAACUCCCAGGGACCCUCCUAAGUCCUUGGUCAGUCCCAAACCAAACUUUUCUAUCUCUACGUCUUCGCGCGGGCAGAUUUCGCCCAAACCCAAGCCAGCACCAUCUCCUAUCAUUGACUUCCGCGCAAACCUGAAGAAACGCGAGGUGGUCAAAGAGGCUGGGAAGGAGAAGGAGACUGAUUUCCGUGCAAACCUCAGGAAGCGCGAGGUUGUCAAGGAUAACGAACAGGAGAAAGAGCCAGAGUUCAAGAAUGUCUUCGGCCGACUCAAGAAAGCUGAAACCCGCAAUUAUGUUGCCCCUGACGAACUCAAGGGAAACAUUCUACGGGGUAAAGCGGCACUGAAUGAGACUGGUGGGCCCAAGAAGACCGAACGCGUCGACGAGUUCCGGAAGAGUCUCGUUAUGCGCAAAGACGAGAUGAAGGCAGGCGGAGGCUCCAUCAGGCGAAACACUGCUGGAGAGAAAGAUGCUCCCAAGGCUGCCGAAGUUGUGCCGGAAGCAAUUGCAAUGCGCCAGAACAUGACCAGGACCAACAGCAUUAAGCAAGAUAUCGUGGCUGAACCUCUCUCGCCUGCUAAGAGUGUUGGCUCGCGAGCAUCAGUGGAUAGGAAACCGGUUUCUUCAACUUCGUCGUUCAAGGACGUGGGUUCUUCCCGCACUUCUCAGGAACAGGAGCCCCUUUCGCCUUUUCCUGUAGACGAUGGGAUUGAUGAGCCAAGCUGGCCGUUGAAAUCCACCGAAGCCUCCGCUCCGUCUGUGCUCCAAGACCAACCGGCCUCGCCAUCGCCUGUGGCCCUCGCGAUCAGCGACCACCAGGAUACCCCCGAGCUGAACAUUGCUAGCCAAGAUGAACCCCGUGAGCUCGUGGCCCCCGUUAAGCCGAUCACAGAAAAGGAACAGUCGCCUCCAGUCGCGAAAUCCCUCCCACUUCGCGAGCUUCCACAAGCACCCGCCGCAGAAGCUACCGCGAGCCCAGUUCAAGCUGCGAAGAACAAAUUAGCCGGUCGAAUCAAUCCAGCACUCGCAGGCCUCCUCUCUCGUGGCCCGCCCGCCCCCGAAGGCCCGAAGAAAGAACUGCCGAUUACCUCUGCUCAAAGCAGCCCUGUUCCCUCUGCGCCCCUCGAACACGCUACCAAGAGCCGCGCCAGAGGCCCGAAGAGACGCCCUCCCCAGACUGCGGCUUCCGCUACGUUCGCUCAAGAUCUUACUAAGGAGGUUGGUGCUAUCUCCUGCUCUGAUGCCCUCCCAUCACAGACUCCCCCAUCCUCGGUUGAGUCUGCCGAGGACAAUUCGGAUCGCUUCUCGCAAUAUGAUGACUCUGUUCCUGACACCAAACCCCCUCGUCCAGAGAGCCCUGUAGCCGAGCACCUGCCUAUCGAAGACUCCCCUGCCGAGCAGCCCCCUGUCGAGCAACUUCCCGUCCAGCAGCCUUCCGUCGAACAUUCCUUUAUCGAAGACACUCUUCCCGAGCAGCCAUCUAGUCACGAGCUUCCUACUGCGUCAAGCCCUGUCGAACCAAGCCACGAUGAGCGACCUGCCUCCGAAAUUCCACCUGCUAAAGAGGCCAUUGCCGAGAAGCUUCCCACUGAAGAAACCUCUUCUGAGAACCUCCCUAGUGAGAAGCUCAUUGCCGAGCGACCUUCAUCUGUAAACUCCCACGCCGAAGAGACUGUCGCUGAGGAGCUUCCUGCCAGAGAGCCUUCUCCUGAGCUCCUUCCUAGUGCAACCUUUGUCGAUGAAGAACACCACGGCGAUUAUUUCUUUUCCCACGAUAGUGAUGUCGAAGAAUAUCCCGCAGAAGCCAUUUCCUCCGAGCACCCCCAUAGCGAGAAAUACGUUACUGAGCGAGCUUCUUCUGAGAUUUUCCGCACCGAAGAGACUAUUUCUGAGCAACUUCCUGUCAGGCAGCCUUCUUUUGAUUUCUUCCCUAGUGAGAAAUCUAUUGAUAGGCAGUCUUCCUCUGAGGAUCUGCAUUCAGAGCACGACUUUGCCAAUUCAAGCUUCGAUGAGCAGCAUUUCCCUGAAGCGCUUUCUACCGAACAGCCGGCUGUUGAGCAUUCUUCAAUGAGGAGAUCUUAUAGCGAGGAACCUUCUUUUGAGGAGCCUUCCGUCGAGGUUCCCGAAGCCGAGAAACCGCUUGUCAAGACAACUUUGGAACACGCCCAUGUUGAAGAGCCAUACGUUGAAGAGCCAUACGUUGAAGAGCCGUCUGUUGAGAGUCUACAUGUUGAACAGCCGCUAGCCGAAACGCUUCCAAUGGAACAAGUCCAUGUCGAGGAGCAUCAUAUCGAGGAGCAAUCUGUCCCACGACCAUCCACUGCGCGGUCCACUGAACAACCUCCUGCUGAGACAUUCUUCAAUGACCGUCGGUCUGUUGAGAGCCUUCCUGUUGAGGAGACCAUUGCGGAGCAAGUCCUUGCGAGGGAACCCUCCCCCGAGCCAGUUGCUGUUGAACAAAAACCCAUCGAGCAACCUCCUGCGGAGACACUCCUCAAGGAGCGUCGGUCUGUCGAGAGCUCACCUGUUGGGGAGACCAUUGCAGAGCAAGUCCCGGUGAAAGCACUCUCCCCGGAGCCAGUUGCUGUUGAACAAAAGCCCAUCGAGCAACCAUCUAUUGAGCAAACUACAGAAGAAGCGGCUCCUCCAGUUCCCCUCAAAAGCGAGCCUCCUCACAGCAAAUACCCGCUGCCCCUUCAGACUCGCUCCCUGAUCACGGAUUUCAACAACUUCCCUUCUCGUCCGUCCGAGGGAACGGCCCGUGGGUCUGUGAGUCCCGCAGAGCAAAGUCCAUUGAGCGGACCGCCUGUUCCAUCGAAGUCUAAUUCCCCCUCAACAUUGUCGCCCUCAACGCCUAAGUCAAGAUGGGCCCAGCAAAAUCGAUACGCAUCACCUUCGCCCUCUCCGUUGAGAACAAGCUAUAAUGAAAAUCGGAAGGAUUCGGUCGCUACCCUGCAUAGCACCUCCAGUGCCAGCGUCACCUCCACCCGGGAGGCUCUGAGUCGGCCUGUCGGUCAUCCCUCUCCGCCAGUUCCUCCGAAGGACGAUGACGCUACGCUCCAAAAACCGGUCGACCCUCGUAGACUUUCGCGAAAAAUGUCUGCCCCGUCGCUAGUUGCUCAGGCCAGCGAGGCGCGAGAGGUCAUUUCGGGCUUCUUCAAAACAUUCCCCAACCCUCAGAACCGGAUGGACAUCGAUCCCCAGAUGUUGCUGAUGGGCAAACCGGAUGACACUAAAAUCCGAACCGUCAAGCGCCACAUCUGGGAGCUUACGGGCGAUGGCAGGCGCCAGGAACUUCCUUCUCACCAGGAAUACAUCCUAUACCAGGGAAGCAUGUAUAUUUGCGUGCACGUGUUCGAAGUCGGACGCAGCACUACUUCCGAGGUGUACCUUUGGCGUGGAGACGAUGUCCCCGAUACAGCGGUGGACAGCGAGCAGCCCUUCGCGCGCAAGGUCGCUCGUGAGAAUAGCUCGAAGUUGCAGGUUAUUCUUCAAGGCAAGGAACCAACGCGAUUCAUCCAAGCUCUUGGGGGGAUCAUGAUUACCCGUCGUGGAUCCAGCUCCCGCCAUAACUCGUCGGCUCUUUACAUGCUCUGUGGACGCAAACACUUGGGUCAAAUGACCUUCGACGAAGUGGACUACUCAUUGCGCAAUCUCUGCUCUGGCUUCCCUUAUGUCGUCUCAGCUCCCUUCGGCAAGCUGUACUUGUGGAAGGGCAGAGGCAGCGGGCCCGAAGAAACCGGUGCUGCCCGAUUGAUUGGUAUGGACCUGGGUCUGACGGGUGAAUUUGAAGAAGUUGCCGAAGGCGAAGAACCCGAAGAUUUCUUCGAUGUGUUUGCCGGCCCGAGAGAAGCAGCACCGCACAUGUGCCAGGAUUACUGGUCUCUCAAGUCGAAAUACAGUCACUUCCGCACUCGACUUCUCCGCGUCGACCACGAGCUCGGCCAGCCAACUCGGUUCUGGAACUUGCGCCGUCCCGGCUCUGGCUCGCCAGUCGUCAAGCCCAACGAUUGCGUCCAGGAGAUUGAGCCAUUCUGCUAUCGCGACAUUGGAGAAAAGGACGUCUACGUUCUAGAUACCUUCUUCGAGAUCUACGUCAUCGUGGGCGAACAAGCUAUACAGAAGUCCGCCGAUUUUGCCUCAGCCGUUGUCUUCGCGCACGAAUACGGCAUUUUAGCCACCUCGCUGCAGGAUCGGCCGUUCAUCCCGAAGAGUUAUGUCGCACUAGGCGGCGUCGCUGACCGGUGCCAGAGCGCGUUCCGCAAAUGGAACCCGCGUAACCACCAUGCGCCUUUCGUGUUCCCUCUCGAUGUGGUUAUCGAGUCGCUUCGCUCGCUCGGGGACGAGUGA